CCACUCUGGUUUUUCUUGUUCUUAUAUGAUGCCAGAUCCAAGUGCAGUGCCGCUCCAUCAUGUACGUAGUGACCCUGCUGCUCCCCAGCUACUUCCUCAUCACAUUGGACCCCUUCAGCUUCCUGCUGCCUCCUGAGAGCACAGACAGGUCCUCCUUCAAGAUGACCCUCAUCUUCGGCAACACGGUGUUCCUGCUCAUCAUGAUCGACCUGCUGCCCAUCACCAGAAACACCAUACCUCUGAUGUGUUCUUCUCUCUUUGCCUGGUCCUGAUGGUGGCCAGUUUGCUGGAGACCAUCUUCAUCACCAAGAUAUUGAUCAACUCAUCUGACUUCUCUCCAGUCCCUCAAUGGAUUUGGAUUCUUGUUCUGAAUUUCCUUGGCUGUCUCGUUUGCAUGCCGUGAAGGAGAGAGAAUCCAGAGGGUUCAGAUCCAGGAACAACAAACAGAUUUGAUGUAAAUCUUCUUGAAACAGAAGGACCAGCUGAGGAAGACGAAGCCCUGAUGGAGCUGAAGAGUCUGAGCCGCGUCCUGCAGGCCAUCCGCUGUGAGGUGGAGCAGCAGCGGAAAGGGAAGCAGAGUUCAGAGGAAUGGAUCCAGUGGCUUCUUCCAUCAGCCAUGUCCACUGUGGCAAUUCUCAUCAUCAUUCUGCCAGCUUUCUGCGGUGCCGUUGAGGUGAACUGCUCCCAGCCGGACCAUCCCAGCUUCCUGGCGGCUCUGUCUCCUGUCUUCAACCUGAACGCCAUACGACCCGUCGAGAACCAGCUGACCUGCACCAACAUCAGCAUGUACUUCACUCUCUACGGGAUAUUAGGAGUGGAUGAAAAGUCCCAACUCCUCAUCACUUACAUUUGGCUCUACUAUUGGUGGAAGAAUGAGUUCAUCAGCUGGGAUCCAGUCCAGUGUGGCAUCGACAAGAUUUCUCUUCCCAAGGAAAAGUUUUGGCUUCCAGACAUUGUAAUCAAUGAGUUCAUGGAGGAAAAUAAAGCGCCAUCAGUCCCAUAUGUGUACCUGUUUAAUGAUGGAAUAGUGAGGGAUUCGUUUCCUGUCAGAGUUGUGAGCUCCUGCAACCUCAUCAUCUACACUUUCCCCUUCGACAUACAGAACUGCUCCCUGACUUUCAACUCCUACAUCUACUAUGCAAAUGAGAUCAAAGUUUUCCUCGGGCGUGACCCAGACCUAAUCACAGAGUUCUCCAAAGAGGUGAUGGCCACCAUGGGUGAAUGGGAGCUGGUGGACAUCACCGGACAGAAAAUAGUGAAUGAUGAUGUGACGGGUCUUUAUACAGACAUGCUUGCAUUUUAUAUCCGAGUGCGGCGCCGUGCCACCAUGUACGUGGUGAAUCUGCUGGUCCCCAGCUGCUUCCUCAUCACAGUGGACCUCUUCAGCUUCCUGCUGCCUCCUGUGAGUGCAGACAGGUCCUCCUUCAAGAUGACCCUCAUCCUGGGCUACACCGUCUUCCUGCUCAUCAUGAACGACCUGCUGCCAGUCACUGGAGACACCAUUCCUCUGAUAAACGUCUUCUUCUCUCUCUGCCUGGCUCUGAUGGUGGCCAGUCUGCUGGAGACCAUCCUCAUCACCAACCUGCUGAGCAACUCGCCUGACUUCUCUCCAGUCCCUCGAUGGAUUCGGAUUCUCGUUCUGAAUUUCUUCGGCUGUCUCGUUUGCAUGCCUCAAAAAACUAAGAAGCCAAAAAAUUCAGAAAAGAGGAAGAUGUCAGUGGUCGCAGAAAUGAAGUCCGAUGAAGGUCCUCCAGGAUCAGCUGAGGAAGAGGAGGCCGUAACGGAGCUGAAGAGUCUGAGCCGCGUCCUGCAGGCCAUCCGCUGUGAGGUGGAGCAGCAGCAGAAAGGGAAGCAGAGCUCAGAGGAAUGGAUCCAGUGCUGCCUGCUGAAAGUCAAGCCUUCUAAGCAACUAUUCGUCCUCAUCUCUCUGCUGACUCUGGCCCCUUUCAACUCCGCCGUUCUGAACUGCUCCCAGCCGACUCCAGUUUCACUGCUGAGGUCCCUAAAGCCAGUGUUUGAGCUGAACGCCAUUCGACCUGUAAUAAAUAUGUCGGCCCCAACUCAAGUUAGAAUUUCCUUCACUCUCUUUGGCAUUUUGGGAGUGAAUGAGAAGUCCCAGGUACUGACAACUUUCAUUUGGGAAUCUUUAACGUGGAAAAACGAAUUUACUAUUUGGGACCAAGUGGAAUGUGGCGUUGAAUGGAUUGCAGUUGCACGAAACCUGCUCUGGGUGCCAGAUAUCGUCAUCAACGAGUUCAUGGAGAAGAACCUGGCACCAAGCGUCCCGUAUACCUACCUUCAUUCCAGUGGUCUUGUUUAUGAUAGCUUUCCUGUCAGAGUUGUGAGCUCCUGCAAUCUCAACAUCUACCUGUUUCCAUUUGAUAUUCAAACAUGCGUUUUCACUUUCAAUUCCUACAUACACCUCAGUGAUACUAUACAACUUGAACUUGCAGACACAGACCAGGACAUAUUUCAGGCAUCGAUAAACGAAAUGGCAACGAUGGGUGAAUGGCUGCUUGUUAGAAUCACAUCAGAGAAGGUGGCAGUACCAAUCCUAGAGGGGUCCACUUACGAUGAGCUUCGCUUCUUUGUCUCUGUUCGGCGCCACUCUACCAUGUAUGUGGUGAACCUCCUGAUCCCCAGCUGUUUCCUCAUCACUGUGGAUCUCUUCAGCUUCGUCCUGCCCAUUCAAAGCAUUGAUCGGUCCUUGUUCAAGAUGACCCUCGUCCUGGGCUACACUGUCUUCCUGCUUAGCACCAAUGACCUGCUCCCUAUCACUGGAAACACCAUCCCUCUAAUCAAUGUGUUCCUGUCUCUCUGUCUGACUAUGAUGGUUACCAGUCUGAUGGAGACCAUCUUCAUCACCAAUCUUCUGCGCAGCUCAGCUCACUACACUGCACCUCCUCGUUGGAUGAAGGUGUUUGUUCUCCGCUUCUUGGGUCGACUUGUGGGGCUUCCACCAAAGCCUGAGCCGCAAGAAGACCUGGUGAUUAAGAAUCCCGACACACGAGAAAUGGCAGAUAUCUCCACAGAGUCUAAAAAGAAUGAAACUAUAGAGAAAAAGGAGACACUAAAGGAGGCUGAGACCCUCCAGGUUCUGAAGAACCUCAGCAGUGAUCUCCAGGCCAUCCACCGCCAUGUUGUCCAGCAGCUGAAGGGAAGUCCCAGCUCAGAGGACUGGAUCCAGAUUGGCCUCGUCAUCGACCGCCUGCUGUUCAUCUUUUACAUCUUCUUCAUGUCAGUCAGCUUCGUUUCCAUCCUCAUUAUCUGGGUCGCCUCAUAUUACUCUGCAUAACUUCCAGUUUGUUUUACUGCAGUUUUAUUUAGAAUUUAACAUGUUCUAUUAAAUUACAGAUGUUAUUUACUUUAGAAUAUAAUUAGUUCAAGUUAAAACCAAAUCAAUCAAUCAUUGACUUUCACAACCCAACUGCCAUCUUCUGUUUCUUCCAACUUUAAAAAUAUGAACAUCCUUGUUAUCAAAUGUUUUUCUUAUAUAUUUUCAAAGCACGCAUUAUCACUGCAACAUAUUCGAUUGUGUGAAGCUAAAUUGAAUUAUAUACAUUACAAAACAUUCAAUUCAAGUUGUAGAUUGCUUUUAGAUUAUAAUGUUUUCUGGACAUUUGUUGAUCCUCUUGAACAUAACCAUAAAGGAUGGCAUGUAAUUAUCAAAUUGCAAAGUUAGCAACAUUCAGUAUGAAUCUCAGGAUGAAAUGAAUCAAUGUGUAAUAAAGUAUACCCAAGAGAAAAGACUCAUGCUAACAUGAAUUAAAACAAAUAAAAAAUAAAAUAAAAAGUUUCUUAUCAGCUUCAACCCACAGUCAAAGAAAAUGAUCACAAAGAAACGCUGAGGCUAAAGCAUUUUGAACAAGCUGGACCUGCAAAAAUGAGGAUGCCAAAUUUACUUAGACUGGAUCACAAAGGGGGCAGGUGUGGAGAAAAUAAAAGGUCUGAGAACUGAACCAGGGAGAACACCACAGGAUAGAGAUCUUCUAGUUAACAGUAAAAUCUACAUACUUAUUCAGAAACCUCUGACCCUCAGGUAGGAUCAAAGAGAACAAAAGUUCAAGGAUCAUAAUGCUUCCAGUGUCAUUUUAAUGGACAGCUGGAUUUAUGGUUCCAUUUAUCACAGCAAGUCUUCCAGGUCCUAAAGGAGCAAAACAGCCCCACAUCAUAACACUAACACCACCAUACUUUACUCUUGGUGUGAUCUUUUUUAUAAAAUGUGGUGUUACUUUGUGUUAAUGGGACACAC